AUGUCAAUUAGCCAAGAUAAGCAGUUUAGUUACAGCAUUUUGAACGAGUUUCCUAAAGUUUUUGUGGGCAUGGGCUGUUUACCUGGCGAGUACAAAAUACAAAUAAAAAAUAAUGUCGAGCCAGUUGUACAUGCUCCUAGAAAGCUACCAGUUGCAAUUCGAGACCAAGUGAAAAUUAAGUUAGAAGAGAUGGUAAGAGAAGGUAUAAUAGCUAAAGUUGAUAAACCUACGGACUGGGUUAAUAGUAUGACGGUAGUCAAAAAACCUAACGGGAGUUUGCGUAUAUGUCUAGACCCUAGGAAUCUUAACAGUGCAAUUAAGCGGGAGCAUUUUAAACUACCUACGUUUGAGGAAAUAGUCACCAAACUAGCAGGCUCCAAAUAUUUUAGCACUUUAGAUGCAAAGCAGGGAUUUUGGCAGGUAAAAUUGCAUAAAGAUAGUACCGAUCUAUGUACGUUUAAUACUGCAUUUGGUAGAUAUAAAUUUUUACGAAUGCCGUACGGUAUCUCGUCCGCUUCAGAAAUAUUUCAUAAACGUUUGUAUGAACAUCUGGAUGAUAUUGAGGGUGUAAUUUUAUUUGUCGACGAUAUUUUAAUAAUGGGUCCCACAAAAGAAAUACACGAUCAACGAUUACGUACGGUUCUUAAAAGAUGUGAGGUCAUUAAUAUAAAAUUAAAUAAAGAACACACAAUAAAGGGCACAAAAUUUCCAAAGAUGGCGUAA